GCAAUUGUCCAGACGCACUCCUUGUGAACUGCCAUAAACCCAAUACUUGACGAUAUGUAUGAAUCAGAAGUAUGCAAAACAGCACCCAUUUCUCCAAGGGAUCUUCCACUAAUCGAGCUAGAAGAACAGUUGCGCUUUUACAAAGAAGAGACUGACCGAAAGGACAAACUUAUCAGAGAACUAGCGAAAGUGACUGCCUUAAGUGCUCAGUCCUCGGAUAUCCACGGCAGAAGCGGUCGUUACACGAUUGACAAAUUGGAAGAAAUGAGGGUAAAGGUGGAUAAACUUCAAACAGCGCUCGCAAAGAACAAGGCCAAUAUCGUGGAAAAAGAUGAAACGAUAGGUGAUCUGCGUGCUGAAAACGAGUCCAUACGACUGGAAAAUCUGACAAGCCUUAGUCGUAUAGAUGAACUAGAGAGGUUGCUGGAGGAAAAGACUGCACAACUAUCGAGCUACAGUACAAUACAACAGAAAAAUGACUUGAUUCUAACGUCGCUAGAAAAUGACCUUAAGCGGAAGAACGCCAAAGUUCUAGAAUUAAAUGGCAAACUUAGAGACUGCGAAGCACAUUUCAAGAAAGUGACCGAUAGCUUGGAGAAGUCCAUUCACAGUUUGCAGAACUCUUUCAUUGAUGUGGCGCGUGUGCUUCAAUGUGAAACCACUCCUGAAAAAUGCCUACUCAGGAUAACAGAACUGAUGCGCUCCCUGUGCAAUUGUGAAAACAAGCUGUCUCAACAAGAGGACGCUGUGAAAACCUUGGAAUUCGAAGAGAGAGCAUCGCGCGAGACCAUCAUGAGGCUAUCCGGAGAACUGAAUCACGAGAAGAGGGAGAGAGAAGCGGCGUGCGAGAGUGCUAAAGCUACCGAAACUGAACUGAGGAAAUUGAAAAGUGCUUUUGACGAAACCGCUCAACGGGCUCGGAUACUGGAAGAGAGGGUCAACGAACUCACACUUACCCUUCAUUCUGCUCGCCAGGAGGCGGAAGCUAAGGAGAACAUGUUAACCAUCGUUGGUGAGACGGAGGCUAAACUUAAGGCAAAGCGACUUGCGAGGGAAGGUUCAGAAAAUAAUUCCAGUGCCAUUGCGGCUAUCGACCUGGAGGAUUUAGAAGCCCUAUCAGAGUUCCGAACAAAUGUCCAGAAUUACUUUAACAUUCCCAAGGAGGAAAAGCUGGCCGGUGUUCUCUCGGUUGUCUGCAGUCGCAUACAAGAGAUGAUGAGAAACUCCGAAAAUCUCUUCUCGAAAAUCCUAUUCCUUGAAGGGAGACUGUCAGAAAUGCAACAAAGUCACACAAUGACAGUGGAAAAUGAACAGUAUUUGAAAGAUAAGAUUGAAAAUUUGGAAUACCAACAUUCGAGGGAUGGAGCUGCAAUCGAUAGACUGUACGGGGAGCGAGAUCAUCUACACCAGCAACUGUGCAAGGUGGCCUUAGCAGUCGGGGUUGAGGAAACGCUUUCUGAACCGGAUCCCGGAAUAUUCAUUGAGACCGUACUGGCGCGGGUCACGCAACUGAAGCAAGGUGACACUGAGAGACAGACACAGCAGCGUCUACAAAUUUCGCGUCUUCAGCGGGACCUACGUGAAGUGAAAGACCGUGCGGAAGCAUUGGAGCUCCAAGUCCCCAUCAUGAGACGUCGAUUGAUCGAAGCACAAGAGAAUCAAACGCAGCCCUUCGUACCAGCCAGUCAGACACCCGUGACACUGGCCGCAUCGGAGAAGGAACGCGUGAGGUUGGCGAAACAGCUGAGGCAGACGAAGGAAGAAUCCGAUAAGCUGCGCGAAGAGAUAAUCUUGCUGAAGGCUCGGCAGUUGGAGUGCAGCCAAGAGAAGCUCAUUGGAGUAAGUCACCAAAGAGCACUGCGUUCCGCACAGGCGAGAGCAGACGAAUUGAGCCGCGCAUGUGAAGAACACAAAAGUAAAGCUCGUGAAGUUCAGAACGAAUUGAAUCACUGCAAGAAUGAGUACAAUUCCGAGCUGAACAGAGUGCACGAACAAUUGGGUCAGCUUGAGAGAGAGUUACGAAGCACCAGACAAGCUUUGGAAUCCAGCCGCCAAUCGGAACAGGAGCUACUUGCGUUUCGAACACUAGUUGCCCGCCAAUUGGGACUGCGCUGUGAAAACUUGGCCGUGCCGGAUUACGAAAUAAUUGACCAACUGGGACGGUUGAUAUCGGUAAAUCAGGCACAGACCGCGAACUUAGCCACUACAGAAAGCGCAAUGAACCUACUCGGCGAAAAGCAUUGAGAGGGUAAGCGAAAUGUAUAAAAACGUUAAAAUGCUCUGAGUUGAUGUGGUUCAAAAAUUGAUUAGAGUAACAAAAAAUCUU